UGCUUAGGAUUCCGCAGCUCGAAAAUAGUCUUCCGCAAAAAAGAAGACCGGAAUUAAAAACGGAAGAGAGAGAGAAAGAGAGAGAGUGUUGAGGGAAUACAGAGUGAAAUUGCUCCAGAUAUUCUCAAUUCGUUUCAUUUCAUUCUCCUGUUCUGAUCUGCUCUGCUCCUCUGCCCCAAAGGCGGUGGAAAACUGACUUCACUGCGAAGGAAUCCACCGCCUCCCGAAGCGGAUCAAUCGGCGGCCGGAGAUGUGGGUGGAGAUACUGUGCGGCCUGGUGGCCUACAAGCUCAUCCGCUGUGUCUUCUUCGCCGACGACACCGACCCUUCCUACCUCGCAGACCUCGACUCCUCCCACUCCGACCUCUGCUUCGCCGUCGCCGCCAGGCUCGAGAAGCUCUACUCCGGCCGAUGCUUCGUCGGCCUCCGCAUCCCCGACCCCGACGCCGGCGCACGCCAACACAUCGACGUCGUCCUCGUUACCAAGAGGGAGGUAAUGGUGGUGGCGAUCAAGAACUUUUCUGGUUUUGUUGAGGUUGACAAGGACGGGAACUGGUCUUGUCCAAGUGACAAGAAGCGCAAGCAAGAGAUAUUUCCGAACCCGGUACUAGAAGUCAACAGACUAGCUGCCAAUCUUCAAUCUUACUUGGAGCAAAGGGGAGCAAAACUGCCUGAUGGGCAUAUAAUCAGAAGAGUUGUUCUGCCAAAUCCCAACUUCAGGCCUUCAUAUAGUAUAACUCUUCAACCAGAGGUUAUCUUGUAUGACCAAUGGAAGGAUCUUAAGACAGACUCAAAAAGUGGACUAUCAACAUGGAUUAAAGGUGCAUUUACUGGAAGCAAAACUGACAUGCAAGAUUCGGUACUCCAGAAUCUACAUUUUAUUCUCAGCACAUCGCCUAUGUGGGACAGGUUGGAACUCAAAGGCGACAAAAAUGUUCUUGGUGAAUUCAUCGAGUUCAAAGGCAGACAUGAGGAUAUUCAACUUCUCAAAAAUCUGAAGCGGUCAAAAGUCAGUAGAUUCAUCAUCCAGAAGUCAACUCUUUUUGGUGGUUUUGGUAGGUCACGAGUUCAAAUAUUGUAUUCACCUAGAGAUUAUCGAGUUGAGGGAACUUCAUCUUCAGAAUGGGAAGAGAUUUCUGUGAAGCAAUAUACAGAGAUUAUUUUUCAGCCAUUGCACUCCAAAAAAGUUCGGAAAUUCAAGCUUUCAAGUGUUGUUUCUGUGACACUGAGUGCUUAGCAAGUAGAAAUCUUGCGCAUAGCAUUUAGGCUGCCACUUUUCUCUUGUACUAUACACUAUAUGUCUGUGUACGUCAGUGAGAUUGUGCUUCCCUCUUUUCUCUGUGUCUAUAGAUCCGCCUGUAUUUCUGUGUGAUGAUGCGGAGGAAAGUGACUUGUAGCAAUAGAUAACUGAAUAUGUUUUGUAUUGUUGCGAUUCAGUUGAAUGUGUAUUCUGGAAUGGGAACCUAAAUCCCCGAGCAGUAUUGCUGGUAAGGGUUUGUCGAUCCAGGCCCAGUUUCUCUCGUACUUCCUUUGUCUUGGACUAACAUUUGAUUGGUCUGCUCUGUAUCACCUC